CUUCCAGGCCCCCGGCUGAGCCGCUUGUCGUCCUGGCCUCGCAAUGCGCAGGCCUCAACAAUAUCCCCUGACUAAAACGCGCGCGUCGAGAAUAGCUCGUCUCCCAAGUCUCUCCAGGGGUCCCCGCCUGGGGUGUCCGGGUGUGCUUGUGGUGGUGCGUCUGGCAUCCAUCCCAUUCCGCACCGCAACUCGUGGGCGACUGCGCACUGGAGGCUCCCUUGUACCGGUACCUUGCAGCAACGGGGGUCCCACAAAUGCCAGGGCCGCGUGGUCGUUUGGCUCAAUUCGAGCCUUUAAAAAAAGGAAAGUUAAAACCUACUUGCCCCCCUAAGUCGAUGCGGCCGUAUAAUUGAGAGACAUGGCCAUGCCAGAUCAGACUUUCUCUUGAUCCAGUCCCCUUCAUAUAGCAUAUUUUAUAACACAGAGACAAAUCCUGCAGCCUCGUCCCGUCUGAUUAGCCUGGCCCUCUCCCUGAACUCGGCUGUAGGCGAUCUCACCCUUAGUUACUUUUCGGGACUAAACGAGUCUCCUGCCAGUUAGUUAGGCCUGCUAGGUUCCGGAUCCCUUGAUUGACAAGGCGACAUUCCUUUGCCGAGCCAUUCUUCCAAGACAGCCAACCUCUUUUCUCACCUCAUAUCCAGUCUCACUCUUUUUACAUACACGGUAUUAGACGACUUAUCUCAAGUCAGGGGUUUCUCAAGCGCGAGUCACGACCCUUAUUUGGACAUUCACCGGCGCAAAUCUGUUCGCCUGAUAGCCGUUGCUCUCAACCCGUUGUCCCCACAAUUCUUCGACUCAGUGGCUAGUACUUCACCGGCGAGCCUGCCUGCAGUUGAGGGUGAUCCAGGUGACCGACCCCACGAUCACUCAACAAGUAGCGGCAGCAGCGACAGCAGCAACAGCAGCACACACACACAGCAGCGCUUGCGCCUUUUUCCUUCUUCUUCUUUCUCUCACGGUUUCUUUCUAUCCUCUCAUUUGGAAAUCUGGGAAUAGAAGUCGCUCAAGGCGAAAGAGACGAGAAAGAUGGCCCCUCUCACGAACGGUAGCAAUGGCGCCUCAAAUGGCAGCACAAAUGGCUCCCGCCAGAACUUCUUUGAGGACUUUGGCGUUUGGAAGGAGGCCCCAGUAUUGACGGGGACCACGAAAUUCGAGCCUCUGCCAGAUGUCAAGAACAUCAUGAUCACCGGUGGCGCCGGCUUCAUUGCAUGCUGGCUUGUGCGGCACCUGACGUUGACGUAUCCCCACGCGUACAACAUCGUGUCUUUUGACAAGCUGGACUACUGCUCGUCGCUCAACAACACGCGCAUGCUCAACGACAAGCGGAAUUUCACCUUCUACCAGGGCGACAUCACCAACCCCACCGAGGUGGUGGACUGCCUGGAGCGGUACAACAUCGACACCAUCUUCCACUUCGCCGCGCAGUCGCACGUGGACCUGAGCUUCGGCAACUCGUACGGCUUCACCCACACCAACGUGUACGGGACCCACGUGCUUCUGGAGAGCGCCAAGAAGGUCGGCAUCCGGCGCUUCAUCCACAUCUCGACGGACGAGGUGUACGGCGAGGUCAAGGACGACGACGACGACCUGCUCGAGUCGAGCAUCCUGGCCCCGACCAACCCCUACGCGGCGUCCAAGGCCGCCGCCGAGAUGCUGGUGCACUCGUACCAGAAGAGCUUCAAGCUGCCCGUCAUCAUCGUGCGCAGCAACAACGUCUACGGCCCGCACCAGUACCCGGAGAAGAUCAUCCCCAAGUUCACGUGCCUCCUGAACCGCGGGCAGCCCGUCGUCCUGCACGGCGACGGCACCCCGACGCGCCGGUACCUGUUCGCGGGCGACGCGGCCGACGCCUUCGACACCAUCCUGCACAAGGGCCAGCUGGGCCAGAUCUACAACGUCGGGAGCUACGACGAGGUGGCCAACCGCGACCUGUGCGUGAGGCUGCUCGAGCAGUUCGGCAUCCCGGCCGCGGCGCCCGAGGACGUGCAGCGGUGGGUCAAGUACACGCACGACAGGCCCUUCAACGACCACCGCUACGCCGUCGACGGCACCAAGCUGCGCCAGCUGGGCUGGGACCAGAAGACGUCGUUCGCCGAGGGCCUGCGCGUGACCGUCGACUGGUACCGCCGCUUCGGCGAGCACUGGUGGGGCGACAUCUCCAAGGUGCUGUCGCCGUUCCCCGUCGUCAAGAACAAGGAGGUGCUCAGCGACAGGGAGGAGGUCACGGACAUGCCGAUGCCCAAGCAGAAGGUCGUCGGCGCCGGCAGCAACGGGGCGCCGGCGGCCAAGGAGAACUUCCAGGUGUCGUAGGCCUGCAAGCAACAGCAUGGAAAGAGAGGGAGGGAGGGAGGGAGGGGGCAUGAGCGUGAGAAGCUGUUUGUUUUAUCUAUAUUGCAAAAAGGAAACCUAACCGAUGUAUUCUUGUUGGGUUUUCCGGGCUCCGGGCGUUUUUUUUAUAUUAUUUUAAAUGGCGUUCUUGAGAUGAGGGUACUUACUUGAAAGACCAACCGCCAGGAUAGGACUGGAUACAUUUUUAUUCUCUUCGUAUGAUGAAUUAAGAGGGAUGAGAUUCCUUGACACCCAUCUUUCUAACGCGCAACCCCCACCCCUCUUGGUUUUGCAUGUGGGCAUGCGGUGCCUAUACACACACACACAGACAUAUAUAUAUAGAUACAGCACACGCCCUUUGCAACGACCUUGAGUGAGAUCGAGUAGAAUUUAUGGUUGUAUCUUUGGA